AUGUCCAACAACACGCAAAUCGCCACUCUGGCUGCUGGAUGCUUCUGGGGCGUCGAGCACCUCUUUCGCAAGAACUUCGGCAAUGGGAAAGGUCUCCUAGAUGCGAAGGUUGGUUAUUGCGGUGGAGAGACGGCGUCGCCCUCGUAUCGGGCUGUGUGCACCGGAGAUACCGGCCAUGCCGAAGCGGUGCAAGUGACGUUUGAUCCCUCCAUCGUUACCUACCGGUCUCUUCUGGAAUUUUUCUACCGCAUGCACGACCCCACCACUUUGAACCGCCAGGGACCUGAUGUCGGCACCCAGUACCGUAGCGCCAUCUUCACCCACGGAGACGAGCAGGAGCAGAUCGCCAAGGAUGUAUCGGAGAAGGUGAGCAAGGAGUGGUACAAACAGCCUCUCUCCACUGACAUUGUGCGUGCUGGCCAAUGGUGGGAUGCGGAGGAGUACCACCAGCUCUACCUGAACAAGAACCCAACGGGCUAUGAAUGUCCUGCUCACUACGUGAGAACGUUCCCGCCUCUUUCUGCCUGA